AUGAAUUUUUUGACUGAAAAAUAUGGUGGACAUUUUGCUCGAUGUAUUGAACAAAGUGAUGGAAGUGCUGUCAAUUUUGUUGAAUUAGUUGUUAAAAGUUUGCCAUCUUAUAGAGAUGAAGCUGUUUAUGAUGGACAACGAGUGAGUUUUUGUAAACGAGCUCAAAUUUUAGAUGGUUUAACAAUGUUUGUUGAUUAUCGUGUUCCUCAAAUGUUAUCACAUAAAGGUGUUCUGGUUUAUUCAUCUGCAUUAAAAGGUCAGCUUCAACGAAAGAAAUUGAUUCCAUAUGGAGAUCCAGAUGAAUAUGAAAUUCGUGCUGAAUCAAUCUUAACUGUUCAUCUUAUUGUUAAUCAUGCUAAUGAAAAAAUUCUUUUAGAAAAAGAUACAGAUGUUGAACAAAGACUAAAUGCACCAUUUGUUGAUGCUUAUUUAUGGAAAAAAGACGAAAACAAGCUCAUUUCUACGAACAAACAUCAUUUCAUCAAUGAAUAA